AUGGGCGAAGUCGUUGAGAAACGCACCUCAGGUCUCAAGGCACCUGUUCUUCUACUUACUGGCCAUGAAGGAGACGUAUAUUGCCUUGAAUUUUCUUGCGAUGGGCAACUCUUGGCCUCUGGAGGAAAGGACAGAAACAUUUUGCUUUUCGAGGUGUAUGGUGAUUGUCGCAACAUAGGUGUUUUAAGUGGACACAAGAAUGCCAUUCUCGAGCUACAUUGGGGCGCUAAUCGCGACCGCUUGUACUGCUGCUCUGCUGAUUAUACUGCCUCUCGUUGGGACGUUGAGUACCAAACGCGCCUACAAAAGUAUGUUGGUCAUACGGGUAUCGUAAACAGUUGCUAUCCCGGUAGAGGGGUGGUAGGAGGCAUGCUGGUAACCGGUGCCGAUGAUGGUACCGUCAAGCUCUGGGAUCACCGAAGCAAGUACCCGGUCAAGUCCAUAGAAAACGAUUUUCAAAUUCUCUCUGUUUGUUGCGAGCCUUCUGGUCAGCGUUUAUUUUACGGCAGCCUCGACAACAUAAUUAGGGCGUACGACAUCCGUAACGACAAAGAACUCUUCAGGCUAGAAGGAUGCACCGAUUCCGUUACUAGCUUAGAUUUGAACGAAGACGGGACACUCCUCUUAUCAAAUUCUAUGGAUUCGCGUUUAGUCGUAUGGGACGUACAGCCAUACUGCAGCGAGAAUACUCGUGUAAAAACGGCACUUUUUGGACCCACGCACUCUGCCGAGAAGAAUUUGCUUCGCGCUCGAUGGGGAAAGGGUACGAUAAUCGCAAGUGGUUCUGCCGACAACAUGGUUUACAUUUUAGACGCCAAAGACAACAAGGUUCUUUAUCAGCUGCCGGGCCACCUGGGAUCGGUCAACGAGGUCGUCCUUCAUCCCAAAGAACCUAUUGUGGCUUCUGCGUCAUCUGACAAAUGUAUUUACAUGGGCGAGUUGCUUUAA